CUCGCUGCUCAGGCACUCCAGCACCCACACCUCCACUAUCUGACUCAUCAUGGCUCAACGUGCGGGGAGCGGUGUGGUGAAGUACGGCAGCUACAGGCACCAGGACGGCACCCUCUACGUGGGUGACUGGAACGAGAAGGGCCAGAAGCACGGUAUGGGCCACCUGGCACUCCCAGAUGGCACCCGCUAUGACGGAGCCUUCCAGAACGGUCUCUUCAACGGUCUCGGGGUCAUUGUCUUCCCUGAUGGUGCCAGGUACGAGGGGGAGUUCAUGCAAGGAUGGUUCCACGGCCACGGCGUCUUCUGGAGGAACACCACCAUGAGGUUUGAAGGAGAGUUCCGCGGGGGGCGCAUCUGGGGCCACGGCUUGGUGACGUACGCAGACGGCUCCAAUGGCUUCCCCAGAAAUGAAGGUUUCUUCCAAGACUGUCGGUUUAUGCGAAAGAGUCGGUGUCCGCAGGUGGUGCAGCGGGCACAGAAGGUGGCCCACAUUGCUCGUGCGCAGAUGGACGACUGAUCCACUCAUACACAAUGCCUUAAAAAAACUAUUUUAAGUUCCAAUAUACUGUAUAAGAUCAAAAGUGUAACUGUUAGAAAUGUUUUCUUCUGGCAAUAAAUGUAUGACAUCA